AUGGAGUCUUUCGCGCGGAACUCAACGGAGACAGAUGAAAUUCUUCAAUUUUCUUUGAACAGGUCGAUUUACACUUUGGAUGAGAAUGCCCUUGCUGACUGGCAGACUUUGCUAGGCAAGAAAAAAUAUUUCGCUGAGUCUCAAAAUCCCACUACGAAAGUUUUGUUGAUCAUCGCUUAUUCUUUUAUUAUUGUCAUAUCGCUCUUCGGGAAUUCCCUAGUUUGCCACGUGGUAAUGAAGAAUAAACAAACGCGCUCUGUCACGAGUUUAUUUAUUGCCAACCUGGCCAUAGCGGACAUUCUUAUCACCUUGCUGAACACUCCAUUCACCUUAGUUCGUUUUGUCAUCAGCACCUGGGUAUUCGGAAAGGGCAUGUGUCAUAUCAGUCGCUUCGUGCAGUACUGCUCCCUGCACGUGUCCACUCUCACCCUCACGGCUAUAGCUCUGGACAGACGUCAGGUAAUUUUGCACCCUUUGAGACCAAGGAUUUCCACUCUUCGAGGGUUCAUCUACAUUGCAGUAAUAUGGCUGAUGGGUGGCUCCUUCUCUUUACCGCAUGCCAUUUAUCAGAAGCUUUUUACAUUUGUAUACAGUAAAGAAAUAGUCCGCUGCCUCUGUGUGCCUGACUUUCCGGAACCCUCGGACAUCUUCUGGCAGUAUCUGGACCUGGCCACCUUUGUCCUGCUCUACGUGCUGCCCCUCCUCAUCAUCAGCGGUGCCUACCUGGGCGUGGCUCGACGCCUGUGGCGCCCGAAUGCCAUCGGCGACGUGACAAGCGAGCAGUACUUCCUGCAGCGACGCAAGCGCAAGCGCACCAUCAAGAUGCUGAUGGCGGUGGUAGUGGUGUUUGCCGUCUGCUGGUUCCCGCUCAACUGCUACGUGCUGCUGCUCUCCAGCCGCGCCAUCCGCUCCAACAACAUCCUCUACUUCUCCUUCCACUGGCUGGCCAUGAGCAGCACCUGCUACAACCCCUUCAUCUACUGCUGGCUCAACCACAGCUUCAGGGCCGAGCUCAAGCGCCUGCUGGCCGUGUGUCCCUGGAGGAAGCGGGUGGCCGCCGCUGUUGAUGCCUCGUCGCAGGAGCGGCAGCAGCAGCGACAGAGCCUGCUGCCUCCUAGCAGUCAGAAUGGGCAUCACCGCGCUGCCUGGCCCGAGAGGAAGGCGGGGGGAGCACCCUGCCCCUCCCGUCCGAGCCUGAAGAAGAGUUCCGCUCCGCAGUCGUUGUCACUGUCGGGGACGGGUCGAACGGACAUUCUUACGGUGGAGCCCAUCAUGGUGGGCAGUUGA